GACACAGAUAGGAUAUUUCAUCAUCUUCCUCUUGAAUUAUCCCCACCCACUUUUCCUUCAAAUAUUGCCGUUAUAAAAUUUAAACAAAAGUGCUUUCAUUCUCUAGUAAUUAAUCAAGAAUUUGGUUGUCUUUAUUCGUCGUUUCUUUUUGUCAAUAGCCUAAAUGGGAAAAAGCAAAUAGGGGAUUACGUAAAAGUUCAAACCCUAGUAUACCAUGUAAAGAUUUUCAUUUUCAUAAUAUAAUAUAACUCUCAAAGUAAAAAAUAUGUAGAAAUAAGCCCAAUAAAAAGAACUACGAUUUACCUUUGGUAGAUUUGCAUUUUGUAUAUCCAUUGAUAGGCCCAUUGAUUAGAAGACAGACUGGAGUCGACUGGAGUUAUAUGUUAUUAUCUUAUAACUUAUAAGCCACUAGUUUUCAUGAUUCAUUCAUUCAUCUUUCAUCAGUCAUCACCACUCUACUCAUCAUACACUGAUUCUUUUGAUUAUUUUGUACUGAAGUAAGAAGAAACGUCCAAGAAUCAAACACUUCUGUUACUUCUUUUACUGUUGUCACUCUCCCCACCUUUCAAUCAUACACAUAACCAAAACCUCAUCCAUCUUCUCCACCUCUUUCAUCCAUGGAAGAUUCGAAGCUUGCUAGACUAUUUACUGGGUUUUUAUUGCCUGUGUUGGUGGCUUCGGUAGGGAUAAACUAUGGACAGAUCGCUAACAAUCUUCCUUCACCGGAGCAUGUGGUUCCGUUGGUAAAAGCCAUUGGUGCCACUAGAGUGAAGCUCUAUGAUGCUGAUCCUAAAGUGCUGAAAGCUUUUGCAAACACUGGGGUUGAGUUUAUUGUGGGGUUAGGUAAUGAGUACCUUUCGAAGAUGACAGAUCCAGCUAAUGCUCAAGCUUGGGUGAAGGCUAAUGUUCAGUGUUACCUCCCGGCGACUAAAAUCACCUCCAUUGCUGUCGGAAAUGAAGUAUUGACUUUCAAUGAUACUUCUCUGUCUGGAUGUUUGCUUCCGGCGAUGCAGAGUGUACAUACUGUUCUUGUGAACCUGAAAUUAGACAGUCAGGUUACUGUUACCACUGCACAUUCUGUUGCUAUUCUUCAAUCUUCGUAUCCGCCGUCGACGGGAGCUUUCCGGCAAGAUCUGAAAGGAUGUAUCUCUCCGAUCUUAGAUUUCCUCUCGAAAACGUGCUCUCCAUUCCUUAUCAAUGCUUAUCCGUUCUUCGCGUACAAAGCUGAUCCGAAGCAAGUUUCGCUUGAUUUUGUUCUGUUUCAACCUAAUGCUGGAAUCGUUGAUCCAGGUACCAAAUUGCAUUACGAUAACAUGUUAUUCGCUCAGAUCGAUGCGGUCUACGCCGCUCUAUCCUCCCUAGGUUACAAGAAGCUCCCGGUUCAGAUCUCGGAGACUGGAUGGCCGUCGAAAGGAGACGAAGAUGAAAUUGGAGCGUCACCGGAAAACGCGAAAAAAUACAACGGAAACCUCUUGAAGCUAAUCAAUCAGAAGAAAGGAACUCCGGCGAGACCUAAUUCCGAUUUAAACAUCUUCGUGUUUGCUAUGUUCAACGAGAACAUGAAACCUGGACCGACAUCGGAAAGGAACUACGGCUUAUUUAAACCCGACGGAACUCCGUCAUAUGGUUUAGGAUUCUCCGGAAUCGCGGUUUCCAGUGGCAAUUCCACAAGCACAGGUAGUGGUAGUAGUAGUAGCAGCAGCAGCUCCGGAACGAAUGGACCUUCGAUAUAUUUAUCGCCGCCGGCGAACUCAUCGAGUGGAUACCUAGCUAUUUCGUCGUCGACGGAAAGAUUUAUUUGGAGCACGUGGGCAAUGUUGGGCAUGGGGUUCAUCUCAAUGGCAGCGUAUUGAGAGGGAAGGAGAUAACGUAACGUAAUCGUAAUAGGUGUUUUUUGUUGUUGUUGCUGCAUGCUGAUUCUUGGAUACGAUAGAUCCGGAUUGCUUUGUAUUGGGAGUCUCAAAAGACACCAAACUUUCACCGAAAGAUUAAAAUGAUGCGCCUUGCACUUGACUCCAAG